AUCCUUUGUAUGUUAUGUUUGUCUUAUUCUGUGAAGUUUGAUAUUGUUCCUGUUGUUUUAUUAUUGCUAAGUGUUUUCCCACUUCUCAGGUGAGGAGAUGGAGGGACGUGACCCCCUGUAGCCUCUGGUUUGGGGAGGGGUCCUGUGCUGGGCAGAGCCUUCUGCACUGAUCCGUUCUUUGUUCACGUGUGGCUUUUAUCAGUGAGGGUGAGGACUGCAGAGCCAGGCGGUGUGUCUCUAUGGUGACCGUGGGUGCUGUCCUCGUCCCCAGAGCAAGCAUGGGGCCAGGGCCUAUGGUGUCCCAGGUGGGGCCACUUCAGGGCAGGGCCAGCUCCAGGGUCCUUUGGGAGAUUGACACGUCCCUGGGUCCCUCACUGAGUGGUUCUGCAGAGCUUCAGGACGGGGCUCCCUGGCCAUCCCUGGGAAAGACGUGGCCCACCCCAAGGAAAAGGAGGAGAGGUGACAGACAAACUGAGUCCCCAAAGCUGAGAAGCCAAAGGGCUGUCCAGAGGAGCAGCGCCAGAGCGGGGUCUCCCAGGGGCCACCAGCCCAUCUUCCCUUUAUCUCCUGCUACCCCAGCCACAGAGGAUCAGUCCCGCCAUAGGAGAGGGCGUGAUGGAGGGGGAAGGCUGCCCUGGGCAGGAGUAGCCACUGGUCAGGAUGGGCUGGGACCACCCAGCGCUCCCCGACGAUCACCCCAUCCCGAGUUCCAUUGGCCCAGAUGGGGGGCAUUCUGGCCUACUUCCCUGGGCUGCAGGGGCGGUCCUGGAGGUGCCUCAAGCUUCCCCCAGGCCCACUGGGUUUUAUACACCAAGGGGGCGGUGACAAAUGGGUGCAGAACACAUCUGAUGUGACCAGCUCACUUCCCUGUGGAACUCAGCACUCUGCUCAUGUGCUUGGACCCUGAAGAGAUGUGCAUUUCACGCUUCACCUUCUACGCAGGUUAUAAUUUUUACUAACUGGCGAGCAAUACAGAGAGCAUUCAAAUGAGCAGAUUCUGUAACAAAGCCAAAACACUUUAAUGAUAUUAAAAUUGAGUUCAGGCACAGUCUGGUUUGGGGCUAUGGAACACAAGUUAGAGCGCAUCCCCUCUCUGCACUCUGAAUUCCUGUCCUGUUGUUCAGUGUCCACGGGGGCUUAUAGAAGCAGGCAGAGGAGGAGAAAACUGGCUUGUGCCUCUAUGGGCCAUGGUGAGACAUGGCCCCAGGUGGCCCCAGGUCACGUUACAGCUCAUCAAUACCAUGCCACUGUGUUAUUUGGACGAGCAGAUUCUAGAGACUCUUAAAAAAAAAAAAAAAGAUUCCCGGCUCUUGGCUCCUUCUGGCCCCACAUGACCUGCCUUACACCUAAUAUCAUUUCAGGUAAAACCUCCAAGUAUAUCUGGGUUUCCUAGAAAUUUACUCAUUUAUUUUUGUGGUGCUGGGGAUUGAACCCAGGGCCCCUCACAGGCUAGGCCAGUGUUCUGCCACUGAGCCACACCCACAGUCCUUUUUAUUUUAUUUUGAAACAGCAUCUGGCUAAGUUGCCCAGGCUGGCCUUGAACUUGUGAUCCUCCUGCCUCAGCCUCCCCAGUGGCUGGGAUUACAGGUGUGUGCCACCAUACCUGUGCAGGAAUGUAUUUUUCAAUCACGUUUGGCUUUAGCUGUGCAGAUAUAGAAAACGGAGUCAAUGGCAAUUUGAAAGCAGAAGGUGAUACCUCUGUGCUCUCUCCUGGGCUGCAGCAAGCCCCCAAGGCCCAGGUGGCCUCAGAAACCUGCACUGGGACCUGCCUGAAGGGAGGGAGAACCUAACUAAGCCCUAUAGCUUCACCUGCUUUGGGUGGCUUCCCUUCUUCAGUUGACUUUAAAAAUCACAGAUUUUGGAGGCCACACAACAUCUUGAGUCUCCCACUAGCUUUGCUGUGGAGCACCCUUAGGGCCUGGGGGUCGUGACAGUAAUGGCUGCCUAGGUUACUUUUCAGGGAGUCCAAGGUGACUUUUGUCAAAAACACCAACUCUUCACUUGGGCCAGCACCGGUGUCUGACAGGGACUUCUUGAUGUCAGGAGGCCCCAAGCUCUACCUUCAGGUCAUGCGAACACUGCCAUGUUUAGAAAACACGUUCUCCAAGAGCCAUGGAGCUGGCUCACACACGGGAGACCACUGCUUCCCCCCAUCGCCUUCCCCACACCUUCAUCACCCCUCAGUCCCAGGGACGUGCCCGAACACUAGGCUCAGGAGGCAGGUUUGAGAUCGGUGUCCCCUCCACACUCGGCCACCUUGCACGUGCCUUGGCUGGUGCCUGGCCUGGGGUGUGAGGGCAAAGCCGGGCUGGAGUGACAGCGCUUUCCUCCCAUCUCCAGGGAAGACGUCAUUCUGGGCUCAGUGAGCAUCCAAACACUCACCUGGUGCCAUCACUGCUUAGACUGCACUCCUUGGAAAUUUGUCCGGGUUUUGCACCCAUCUAAACACAACUCUUGGGCACCAUUUUUAAAGUGGAGAAGAAGAAGCUCAGCAGCUAAGGCUGGUCAAUGGAAGACGUGAACCUGAGCUUCAUGCCCACCUGUGCCUGGCUGUGACAGCUUCUAAAUACAGCAAGUUCAAAAUCAGAUAUGUGGUCUGAGAAGGUGGUGCACAGACAGGGUGUGGGUGAAAGGUGAGGAUGCUGGGUGAUGACUCCAGGGAGAGCCAAGAAGACAGGAAGAGGAAGUAGAAAUCCAUGCACCGGAACCGGUGCCCCCUGUCUUCUCAUGCAGUUCUAUAGCCACCUGGGUAGCGGGCACCAUUUGCUUGCCUUUGAGAAGAGCAAACUGAGACGUGGGGAGUUGGAGCAAGUUGCCUAGGUCCUCACAGCUGUGGACCACACCCAGGGCCCACGAAUGGGAGCCUGCUGUGCUGGUGGUUCAUGUUCAGGCAUGACAGUGGCCUGUGUGAGCUGCAGCUGUCCAGACAAGGGCCGCGGCUUGACUGAACUCGUUAGUCUAAUCUCAAGUCCAUGGCCCUGCAGGAAAAUGUGGACGAGUGGGCGGAAGAGCUUAGAGCUGCUUCUCUGGAGGACCUACCCCAACUCCAUUCUCCAGGAGAGAAUCAGGAUCUUCCUGCUCCACGCUGGAAGUCUGUUCAGCCCUGGGCUCUGUCUGUGGUGGAACUGCGUCCCCUAGAGAUAUCACCAAGUCCUAACCCCACAGCCUGGGAGUGUGACCUUACUGGAGUUAGGGUCUUUGAGACGUUAUGAGUUGAGAUGAGCUCUUCCUGGACUUAGGAUGGUCCCUGAGUCCAGUGCCUGGUGUCCUUGUAGAAAGAGGAGAGAACCCAGGGACACAGAGGGAAGGCCAUGUGUACUGGAGACAGGUUGGGGUGAUGUGUCCAGAAGUCAGGGAGCACCGAGGAAGGCUGGCCAGCCCCACAGCUGAAGUCAGGCAGGGAAUGGCUUCAGCCUCAAUUCCCCAGAAGAAGCAGACCCUGCCCCCCCAGAACUGGAAGAAUAAAUCUGCUUUGUUUAAAGCCACGCAGUUUGUGGCCAUUUGUUACUGCAGCCCCAGGACACUCACAUGCUAUCCUUGGAGUGGAAGUUUUAAUUUUGAACAUGUGGCUGCCAGAAUCUCUCCAAUGGGCUCCACUCCCACCCUGGAUCUGGGUGGGUGGCCAGGGUGCUGGCAGGAGCCUGUUGGUCUCGGCUGACCCCUUCAUGCCCUGACAUCUCCCCCUCCUCACUCUUUCCCUCUAGAUCCCCCCACAAGCCACACACCAUGGCACAAAACAUUUUGCUGCUAUUAAAUGACUAUUUUAAAAUCACAUCACCUUGGAGAGCUUGGGAAAAAAGUCUUCAACUGAAACACGGAGUGCCCAGUGCGUUCUUCACAAAGGUGGUGGAUUUGGGAGCCUCGUCUCUGAAGCUUGAGAUCUGGGACACGGCUGGCCAGGAGAAGUACCACAGCGUCUGCCACCUCUACUUCAGGGGCGCCAAUGCCGCGCUGCUGGUGUACGACAUCACCAGGAAGGACUCUUUCCACAAGGCCCGGCAGUGGCUGGCAGACCUGGAGAAGGAGCUGCUCCCAGGGGAGGGCGUGGUGAUGCUGGUCGGCAACAAGACGGACCUCGGCGAGCAGCGGGAGGUGACUUUCCAGGAAGGGAAGGAGUUUGCCGAGAGCAACAAGUUGCUGUUCAUGGAAACCUCCGCCAAGCUGAACCUCCAGGUGCCCGAGGUCUUCAGCACCGUGGCGCAAGAGCUACUGCAGAGGGCGGCCAGGCAGAGCCACAACGCACAGGGGGACGCAGCCGUGGUUCUGAAUGCGGGUCCUGCCCCGCAGGCCAAAUGCUGUGCCCGUUAGAAGUGCCACUCCAGGGGGCCAUGGAAGGACGUCCAAGGCCAGGCCUGGGGGUCUCCAGGGUGAGCCACUCUCGGCUUGGCUCUUCAUCAGUUGUACUUCAUGGCUGGUGCUGGACUGUGCCUGAGGGCUGGCGGCUUCCAGAAGUUGGCGUCCUUUGUAAUAAAUACCCAGUUCCCAAAGCUGGGGGUGAUUGUCAGGGGAGGAUAUGGUGUCAGAUAGCUCCCAGAAGACUGUUGCCCACCAUGGCAGAUCCUGUCUGGUUCCUGGACACCCCAGUCUCCUAAUUGAUUGCUUUGUCACCAAACGUGGAGGGUUUGUAUGAGCAGAGAGGAAGCAGAGAUCAGGACUCUGAUGAUAGCAAUGUGGACAGACACCUCCAUCUGGCUUGGUGGGAAUGCUGGGCUAGGGCUGGGCCCACCUGGUUCUGGGAGGUGGGAGAGAAGGAAGAAGCCCCCCGGGAGGUGGAGUAAUGGACCUGGGUGGCUAAUCUCCUGAGGUGGACGUAGGCAGCCACGGUCCUCCUGGGAGCACAGAGGCUCCGACUUGUACCCUGACGUGGAAGUUGUGCUGUCGAAGCAUCUUUUUCUCUGAAGAUUAAACUGCUUUGAACCAUC